AUGUUCAAAACUGCACUUGACUAUUACGAAGACUUCCUGGGCUCCAAUGCUUACCUAGCUGGGAAUAACUUCAGCCUUGCUGACAUAUAUAUCUUCACCUGGAUGCCUUACAUCCACUUGCUAGGGUUGUACGAAGAAGUUACCGCGAGACCACAUGUUGAAGAUUUGUGGAAGCUUGUUUCGGGCCGCUCGGCCUGGAAAUCUGCUGUGAAGGAUAUGCCGUAG